AUGAGGACAAUAACAUUCCUGGGUCACGGCCUGGGUGGGAGAAAACCAGACUUUUUGCGAGCUGUCGUCGUUCCUGUGAAAAAUAACAGGGAGUGCUACGGCCGAGAGAUACCCUUUUCUCCGUCAGCCAUGUUUUGCGCUGGCGCCCCCGGACGAGACUCCUGCACGGAUGACUCCGGCGGUGCAGCCAUGCAGCAUGAAGAGGGACAUACAGUGCAGGUUGGAAUAGUAUCAUUUGGUCAGGUCUGCGCACAGGAUCACGGGUAUUACACUCGGGUGUCGAACUACAUAAAUUGGAUUGAACAGUUCAUCGGGAGCCUGCAAUAUGCUGACGUCUAG